AUGUACUUAUUUGCAGAAUUUGACGAUGCAGCUAAUUUGCUUGCAGCAAAUCCUGACGCUACCACAAUAAGCAUUGACGAGCCAGUUGAAAUCCCCAAGAAUCAGCGCAGCCGCCUGCAGGAGCCAGGGAGAGAAGAGGAUGAUGAAUUACUGGGGACUGAUGACUCCGAUAAAACAGAGCUGCUUGCAGGACAGAAGAAAAGUGCCCCUUUCUGGACAUUCGAGUACUACCAGACGUUCUUCGAUGUGGACACAUACCAGGUCCUGGACAGAAUCAAAGGUUCGGUUUUCCCAGUACCAGGGAAGAACUUUGUAAGGCUGUACAUCCGCAGCAAUCCCGACCUUUAUGGUCCCUUUUGGAUAUGUGCCACGCUCGUCUUUACCAUUGCAGUUAGUGGCAAUCUCUCGAAUUUCUUUAUCCAUCUGGGCAAACCCACAUACCACUAUGUACCCCAGUUCAGAAAAGUGUCCAUAGCAGCAACAGCAAUUUAUGCGUACGCUUGGCUUGUUCCCCUCGCUCUCUGGGGAUUCCUGAUGUGGAGGAACAGUAAAGUCAUGAACAUUGUCUCCUACUCAUUCCUGGAGAUAGUGUGUGUAUAUGGCUACUCCCUCUUCAUUUACAUUCCCACAGCGAUUCUAUGGAUCAUUCCACAGAAAGUGGUGCGCUGGGUCCUGAUGAUGUUCUCCCUGUGCCUUUCGGGGUCUGUUUUGGUGAUGACCUUUUGGCCUGCUGUCCGAGAUGACAACCGUAGGAUCGCGUUGGCGACUGUGGGGACGAUUAUUCUGCUUCAUGCCCUGCUGGCUGUUGGCUGUUUGGCAUACUUUUUUGAUGCCCCUGAACUGGAUUUUCCUGCACCUAUUAGCCCUACUCACAAUGGAACAACAGUAAUAACAAAGAGUCAGUAAAUAAGAUUACAAUGCCUGUUUCUCCAUCUGUACAGUAACUUUAUUUUAGAUUAUUUUUUCACUGA